UAAUAUUUCACAGAUUCUCCCGUCCCUCAAGACAAUCGAAUCUCCUGGUUAUCCACACAUGUUAGUCACAGUCACAAUGGCAACUCUAGGAUCAAAUUUUACCUGCUACCAGCCCUCUCAACCAACUCUUGACCCAGGCAGUUACCAGCCCAUCACAGCAUACCUCAUCACGACCGUCAUCUGCAUAAUUCUCAUCCUCGUUUCCCCCCUCUACAAGUUACUCUCACGCGACCCAAAAAAUAUAUUCACGGAGAAACCAUCUGCAACCGGCAACCCAUAUUCUGCCAAAGAGCUCGGCAUCCUCCUCGCGGACCAAAUCCUUCUCACAAGUCUCGGCAUCUUCGGAGUCGCGUUCUGGCAUUUCUCCGUUGGAGAACUAUCACUUUCCCUUUGGAACUAUGUAGUUUACGUAGGGUGGGUAGGAGCAACUGUACAUGUGGUAUCACGCUCUCAGCAACACUACUUUUCCCUGAAACGAAGGUGGAGUAGUAUACGUCCGUGGAUCAUGCUCCUCUCCUUCGGACUACUCAGCGUUACUGCAGUUUUCGCUCUGAUAGGAAAGUAUGUACACAGUCGUGAUGGUGGAAGUGUUGAUACGGACCCCAUCAACAACAAUACAUGUGAUGACGGAAGACCCGGAUCCACUCUCUUACGCGGGAAAUUCGACGCCAUUUUCAUUGCAGGAUAUAUGACAUCGACGAGCGCAUUCGCGUUUUUCAUCGGUCAUACAUCCAACUACAUGGUUACCUACUACCGGCGUCGGUGUCGAAAUCCCCUUGAAGCUUGCUGGGAACACACUAUGCAGAACUUGUCUCGACGGCAACCUUUCAGUAUCGCUAUUCGAAUCCGGUUCAAAGCUUUAAUGGUUAUACAUGCCCAUUUGAUCACCAUAAUGGACAUGAUGGAAUCUUCUACGGCGACAAUAAUGCUUUUGAUUCUGAGUAGAGCGAUUGGGCCUAGUGCUCUCGACUUAUUUGCUGGGGCUAGAAAGAGCGGAACAUCCCCAGUUGAUACAGUGGGGGGUGGGGAACAAGAACCUUUUGGUCAGAUUGUGAUGUGUUCGUUACUGUUGCAGCCGGCUUUAGCUGUAGUAUGUUUUAUUGUUGGUAUCAAACAAACAAGAAAAUCUUAUACAGAGCCGAGGAUAUUGCCUGUAGCAGGUUCACCACACCCUCCGAUCACAUAUUACUCCACGCUUAGCGAUCUCCUUCGCGAUCCAACUGUUCAACUAUUAACAGCAGCCGAGAAAUCAGACAAUCUUUCGUUGGAUCCAGUGACGGCGCAUAUUUACCGAUCACGUACGAUGAAAGACUUCACAUCCUUCAUGCUAUUCAAGUUUCUCGCAUCUCUAAUUUUUGUACUGGGCCUCACAGGAUUUCGUGAGGGAUUGCCGGUAAAUUUACUGUGGGUUUAUUUUCUAGGGUGGUUAUCUAUAGUAUCUAUUGUCAAUUGCUCGUUCUUGGCGUGGAGCAAGAAGCUCAGUUAG